AUGGAACACAAUGACAAGCAUGAAGGUCCGGCCGAAGAAAACAGUAGUGAGAUUGUGAUUAAUGAUCCAGACACUCAGUUAUGCACAAUCGAGAAGCUAAGUAAUGGCCCAAAGGAUUCCAAACCAGACAACGGCAGUGACAGCAUUUCUCCAUUAUCUGGUGAUGUAACUAAACACUCAGUUAAUGAAAAUGAUGAUGGCUCAACUACAAAUUGUGGUAAGAGGAACAUCGAUAAUUGCGAUGCACCAACGGCUGUAACUGAAAAGGAAAUUAAAGACGCUCUGAUAAUCUCACCGUUGAUCCGGAAAGUAUUGCACAAUCAAUUACCCGAGGUACAAAAUGAUAAUACGGAAUGGCCAUUAUGUUUGUUGAUUCAUAACAAUGAGUCGAAAACAAUUUCUCAACAACAGCUUCAAAACAUAAUCUUCAAUAAAUUUGCUGAAAUCAUGGCUACACAUGGCAAAUCAGAUAUUACCAGACAAAUGACUAAUAUAGCUAUUUGUAAAGAACAACAACGCUACUAUUAUAAAAAAUACAAAACACUAUUAAACUAUGUAAAUGUCGUAAGUUCUGAACUGGAGCUCUUGAAUAGAGUGCCUGACAAUGAAGUUAAACAUGUUAGACAUGUUGGAACGAAUGUGAAUAUGCCUACAAUAAAUAAAUAUUUGUGUCCACGCCGGUACUAA